UCCAAGAAGCACUAACAGGAUAAUGGGAGCACCAUAUUUUCGCUAUCUCAUAAGCGCCACCUAUAUCAAUGGCAAUAUUUACAUUAUGGCGGACAAGAUGAGAUCAAGAUAUUGGAGUGUUUCAAUCCACAUUACAUAAAGAAAUAGUUUAUGUGAUAAACUAUGGCAAGUACCAGGCAAGUCAAGCCUGGACAUAAAGGAUCAUCAGCAACAAACAGAGGAGGAUCUGGACGGGCCCCAGUCAAGUCUGCAUCUGCCAGUGCAUUGGAUGAUCCAGCAUUGAGAUCUGCAGCAAAAGUGACAAGGCCUUCAGAUAAACUUAACCCAAAGACUGUUGAUCCUUUUAGCGGUGGAAAAAAGUACAAGACAUCUUUUGCUUCUGUGUAUGCAAAUGGUGGAGUUCCUUGCAGGUUGGUUCAUGGAUCUGUGAAACACAAAUUAGCUUGGAGCACUCCACCGGAACAUGUACCAUUUGACCCAGUACUAGUCACCUUAGCAGAGGGUUUACGAGAGACUGUUCAUCCAUAUUCAUUUGUGGCAAGAGCUGGAUUCAAAGAGUUGCUAGACAUCCCUGCAGCAGGAGAGAUGGCUGCACCUUUGCUAGUGAAAAUUGUGCAACCUUUAAGAGCAGCUUUGGGAGAUUCUGAGGUGACAGUGUUUGAAGCAGCAUUAGAUGCCUUAGUUCAGCUGAGCAGAGCUGUAGGACCAGCUUUAAACCCUCAUUUAAAGAACCUGCUGGUUGCUUUAGCUAAAAGGAUGAUGAACAAGAAUCUGAAAGAAACAAUCACAUAUGCCCUUCAUGAGCUGGAACAGAAUGGUGGCAGGGAAUGUUUGCCAGUGAUCAAAUCAAAGAUUCCCACCUAUUCUUCUAUAUUUUCGUAAAAAAGCUUGGAAGUUGGUAGCCCACCUUCUGCCAAAGGGUAUUCGUAGGGUUCAUGGCUUUUGGUGUAUUUCUGACUUUCUAGUCAUUUUGGUAAAAAACAUCAUCAAAAACCAGGUAAUUUAUUCUUGUAUAAAAGCUUUAAGGCAUUGAAUUAGGAGAUGUAGUAAAGUUAAACUCAGUUCUGCUGUGGUGAAAAACUGUGCAUCAAAUUAAAUUCUUUUGAGAAACAAUGCUGUGAAUUGAGUUUCAUGGUUUGAACUUUGCCAAGCAUGAAAGCAUUGUGCCUAGUAAGAAUUUUUUCUCAUUUGUACUUGAGAUGAAGUUAUAAUUUUUAUAUUGCUGCAGUAUUGUCCCUCUUUAUCUAUAUUUAGUCUAGCAUAAAAAACCAAAGUAAAAUUACUCUUAAAUUUGCCUUUUUUUAAGGCUAAGUAAAAAUGAACAAAGUGUAAGAUGUGAUAUAAAUUAAUACUUUCAUGAUUUAAUUUAUAGAAUAAUGAAAUUAAGUAUGUUUUUGUGUGAAGUCAAAGCCCCUAAAAGUUGCAGUGUGAAAAAGAGGCACAGGUAUUUAGUUCAUUGAUCUGAAAAAUUGCUCACUUUUAUGAGUUCAUGUUGUUGUGUUAUUAUCAGAAUUAUUUAGUUAUAUGUAAUACUAAAUAAAUCCUUAUCAC